CCAUCAUUGAGGAAAGAGAAUACACAAUAGUCAGUAGUAUUCCCCGCCUGCACAAACAGCACACUCGCAAAAAAAUACAACGGCAACGCACGAUGACAAUGCUCACUUCUCCCUCUUCUUUGACGAAACUUCCUAUUUAUCUGUUGACAGUCGUGAUCUACACGGAGACGUUCAGCCACUUCGUGAAUUAUGCGCUGGCGGCCGGUAUCAUCUCGAGUGCCGAAGUUCCGAGGUGGGGCGGACCAGUGCCCAUAGUUCUAAUAUUAGUUAAACCUACAGGUUUUGGAGGUACGGCAGGACUGAGCCGCAGCGAAGUAAUUGUCGAAGUCAAAGAUGCAGACUUUGAAGAUACUGCGGGGCAAGAGCAUGACGGCCUGAAUAAGGGAUCGUACAUGAGAUCGGUGGUGGUGUUACCGAAGACUGGGCAGCAGCGAGACACUGAUUCCGAGUUUGGAUACGACGCACGGUUGCAUCAGCAGCUGGGAAGUCGUUUGUGGGAGCUCUCGGUUAAACUGACAGUGUAAACAGAACUGGACGUGGUAUUCUGGAGUCCGAAGAGGAACUCCCGGGUGGACUGGUGCAGCAGCAGGAGCUCGGAUGAAGCUGGCGCGGUAUGAGGAGCUCUUGGUUGAACUACAUGAGCAGGCUGAGCCCUGGGUUGUGACGUGGACAUUUUGAGGCCUUGGCUGAACGGGAUCUACUUCACUGAACACUACGCAAGGGUGCUCACUCU